AUGCAUCGAGAGCAAGCUCGGAGAGAAGCAGUUGAAGACGGAAGGCUUCUUAGCAACCAGGGAGGUUAUGAUGAUGAUGUGGCCACAAAUGAUCCUUCUGCAACAGGAAUACGCUACAUGAGCAGAGCAUUUCCUCAGCCUCAGAGAUUGAUAGCGUUGUCUAACAUCUUUGCACAGAACGAGCAAGACUUUGAGAUACUGCACCCUGAUGCUGCCAACAACCUUUACAUCAAAUUGGCUACACUGUCGGAAGAUCUGCUGGCAUAUAGUCCCAAGGCAUGUCCAUCAUGGCAGUCAGAUGAGGAGGAGGAGGAGGAUAUUGAACUGGAGAAUCUCACAGCAGUAUUGUUAUGGGGGGGCACGAUGUACCAAGUGUUGUUAUUUUCUUGUUUGUCCAGAACAACUCUUGUUCUGCCUAUCCUGUUUAAGGGCAGAAGGAAGGGAAAGGGGGGUCGGAUCAGCUUCACUGAGUCAUCAAGAGCCUUCAUGGACUUCGAGUGUGUGAGUUGCAGAACACCUUCAAUUAAGUCAAACAAGUUAAAAACUUGAACAUACAUGUUUCAUAUUUAAGACCUUCAGAAACCGGGGUCAGAAUGUGACUGGCAGUGGCAGCAAGGUUUAAAAAUGUACUGCUGUGAACUUCACCUGUUCAUAAUUUACCACAGGUUCUGUCGU